AGAGUCGAACCUUGCUUUCUUCUAGAAAUUGCAUUUGACAUGUUAUUGUCUUUUCUCUUUUCUUUUUAUUUUCAACAUUUCAUCAUAAAGAAUAAUAUAUUUUAGUAUAUGAGUAUAUUUUUAAUAAAACAUCACAAAAGUUCUAUACAAUGUAUCCCUCUUUUGUUUGUGCUCUUCAACGUAAUGCAACGAAAUAACUUUUCUCAUUCGAAAGUGUUUGCCUUUUUCAUUUUCCUCACUUUCCUGCACUGAUUCAUCCUUCUUGUUUGUAAAUGUCAUGCUCUGAAGUGCCUGUUGUUGUUUUUUUGUUGUUGUUGUUUGUUUGUUUUUUACAAAUCUUAUCCUAUCUCUGUUAUCAGAAUUUCAGUGGGAGUAUCUGCAAUGCAAUUUGGUAUUUUAACUCCAAGCGACGCUGUUGACCAGUCUGUGUUCGGUUUAUACUCUAUAAGCGAGUGGUACCUCCCAUCGUCUCUACAUUUUAGAAAGACGUAAGACUUGGACAUGGCAGUAAAUGAUAAAUGCACGGAUGUGUGUAUGCUUCAACAAUAUCGAGGCCGAAUUUUGAUCUCGUUUUGAGGAAUACCUACAUGUUUAACACAUUUUGGAUUAGUGGAAACCGUGACGCUGGACAACGGGUUUCUAUUGUGGAUCUGAAGACGUUAUCCGACAUGACUACGAGACGGCAAGUUCUAUUGUUUGUCUCGCUCAUCUCCUUCAGCACAGCGGCUGCUCAAAUCAGCUACUCUGUUCCCGAGGAAAUGACAAAGGGCUCUCUUGUUGGUCACGUUGCCCAGGAUUUAGGCUUAGAUGUGAAGCGACUGAAAAGUGGAAAAGCUCGUGUUUUCACUCGCGAUAGCACAGCAUACGUCGAGCUAAACAGAGAUAGAGGGAUUCUGCUACUGAAAGAAAGGAUAGACAGGGAGGCGCUUUGUGAGCAAAUAAUGCCCUGCGCUCUGCAUUUUCAGAUACUACUGGAAGAUCCUAUGGAAUUUUAUAGUGUCACUGUGGAAAUAACAGAUAUAAACGACAACCCUCCGACAUUUAGAACAAGCCAGGCUCAUUUUAACAUCAGUGAAUCUGCGCUUAUUGGCACAACAUUCACACUAGACCGAGCCACAGAUCUCGAUGUGGGAGAAAAUAGUUUGAAAGCAUAUUCUUUGAACCCCUCUGAUAUUUUUUCCCUGAAGUCCGUUAAUCAAAUGGAUGAUGGUAAAAAUAUUGAAAUGGUUUUGAAUGCGCAGCUCGAUAGGGAGAAAAAUGAACUGCUGACAUUGGUUCUGACGGCGGUGGAUGGGGGAGACCCGCAGAUGACCGGAACAAUGCAAAUAAUAAUCAAUGUUUUAGACGCAAAUGACAACGCUCCUGUUUUUAAACAACCUGUUUAUAAAGCUUUUAUAAAAGAAGAUCAACCGAUAGGAACAGUAAUAAUUAGAAUUACUGCAACAGAUGCGGACGAGGGAGCUAAUGGUCGUAUUUCGUAUUCAAUUUCAGCUAUGACAGAUCAGGGCCAUGGGCUGUUUAAAAUAGAUAAAGGAAGCGGCGAAGUCACAUUAAAUGGAAAAAUAGAUUAUGAGAAAGCAAAAAAUUACGAGGUGAAUCUUCGAGCAUCGGAUGAUGGUGGACUGACUGGAUCUUCUAAACUGAUCGUUGAUAUAAUAGACGUGAAUGACAACCGCCCAGACAUACAUAUCAUGUCUAAAUCAAAUAUGAUUUCAGAAGAUGCAAAACCCAACACCGUCGUGACCAUUAUAAAUGUGGAGGACGCAGAUUCAAAUGAUAAUGGCAACGUGCAUUGUGUGAUAAAUAAUAACGAUUAUUUUGCUUUAAAGUCCACAUCCGAAAAAUUUUACACUUUAAUGACAGAAAGUGAAUUAGAUAGAGAGAGAAUCUCUGCAUAUAAUAUCACAGUGACCUGUUCUGAUGAAGGCGUACCCUCCUUCUCCAGCAGCGUCACUUUCACCUUACAGAUUUCUGAUGUGAAUGACAACGCACCUGUCUUUGAGAGGAGCUCAUAUGAGGCCUACAUUGUAGAAAACAACACACCAGGUGUGUCUAUAUUUACAGUGAAAGCCAAAGACGCUGACUGGAAUCAAAAUGCUCGUGUUUCUUACAUACUAGAGGAAUCCUCUGUUAACGGAGUGCCAGUCUCCUCAUAUGUGUCCGUCAGUGCUGAUAGUGGAGUCAUUCAUGCAGGUCGAUCUUUUGACUAUGAGCAGAUAAAAGAUUUCCGGUUAAGCAUUAAAUACCCUGGCCAGUGA